GUGUCCCUCCACUCCAGUCUCCAACUUCUCUCCAACACUGGUAUGUUAUGCCUCGACCAAUCAGCACAUCGACCCAUUAUGUCGCUCUAGCCUUGAAGCCAGCCAAUCACGACGAGCUUCUGAUCAGGAAAGCGCUCCAAGAUGCGCUCACACCGAUGUUCGGACUGACAUUUGCAAACAUGCAUCUCGACAUUCUGACCAUUUCCGAGGAUGGAGAAGGGAUGAUCAUCAGAACAGGCAGUCGAUCCGACGCUCAAAAGUUAAUUGCGGCCAUCGUUGCUUCACAAGGACCCCUCCGUUUCUCCUUAAAGAAAGAUUCUCCUUUCCUCCCAUCGCUUGUAGCGUCUCAAGGAAUUAUAUGACUUCUAAAGCAUAAAGCUCUAACCGCGGAUCUUCCAUACUCUCAGACGUCGUCAUCGAUCUACCGUCUUGUUCCCUGGCGGGGCCGCAUCGCCCCAAAG